AUGUCGAGUGAACCUCCGGUUAAAAAGCAGAAAUUGGAACUGUCAGACCCCACCGAGCCACUUACACAGCGCGACGUAAUUGCGUUUCAAAAGGAAGCUUUGUUCCGGUGUAUAAACACACAUAGGUCUAAGGAAGAGAGCUUGAGUCGGCAGUAUGAAGUUUGUCAGUCACAGUCUGCUCUGCUGCGAGAAAAUUGUGCAAAACUUCGCGCUAUUGUAGUUACAUUAGCUAAAACUCUUAGCGAGCUGUGCUCUGACGACGAUACAGAGGCAAAGGAAUUAUGUGCAACAAUCAUAAACGGAGACGAAAAUCAAGUGGCCGCUUCAGCCAAUGACUUUUGUACUCUUUUAGGAAAGCACUUGUCUACAGCAGUGAAUGAGCAAGACUCAGGAAUUUUGGGCCAACUUCAUAAGUUAGAUGCGUUGAAGAUUGAGCUUGCAUCGCACAAUGAGCAGCUGCGCAAAGAAGUUGGUGCCAUUAAGUCAUACUACCAGGAUGUUAUUCGUAAAUACGACCGUGAAGACAGUGCCACCGUUAAACGGGUUUUCAAAGACUCUGACAAGGCUGAAGAAGAGAACCAAGAUCUACCAAAUACCGAACCAGAGCAGGCAAAAGUCAAGGUGGAAGAGGAGGAGGACACAGUAUCUAAAUUGGAACAUGAGAUAGAAUUACAAAAACUUAAUUCUGAGAUUGAAGUUUUGAGAAGCAACUUAAAAGAUUUGGAGACGUGGAAAACCAAAAAUGAACAAGAGCUUAUUAAACUACGCACUGAGUUGGCCACUUUGAGUAGCUCAAAAGAUAAUAAUUUAGAGAAUAACGCUGACCGCGAGGCCCUUUAUCAGAAAGUAAAGCACCUGACUGAUGAGAAUAAUGAACUAGCUCAUGCUAAUGAUGCAUAUUUAACCAAGUUUCAAAGCUUAGUACAAGAAAGGGAAAUAUUUUCCAAUAAGUUAUCGACAGAAUUUCAAACUGCACAGGAUGCAUUAAAGAAACACAACGCAACUUUAGAAAAAGAUCUUGUUCGCAUAAGAGCAACUAGAGAUGAACUGUUGAGUAAAGUUGCAGUGCUCGAAAGUCAAAAAUCGAAAUCUGAAAUCUUGAAUGAUGUCAACCAUGUAUUGGAUCUUCAGAAGGAACAGGUACAAAAAAUGGAACUUAGAAUGGACUCUAAAUCACAUGAAGGUAGCCAAGAUGCGCUCAUGAAGGAGUUACAGGACUUAGAGAAGGCGUUUAAAGAGGUGAGCCAACUUUCUCUCAAGAAAUACUCUGAUUAUGUCAAUCACGAAUCAAUAAUUUCAAAACUUACGGUAGAGAAAACAAAGGCAGAUCAAAAAUAUUAUGCUGCAAUGAGAUCAAAAGAUUCAAUUUUGAUUGAAAAUAAGAACCUCUCCAAGAAUUUGCAUAAGUCUAAUGAACUCAUCUCACAACUGAAAGAUCUAGAGCGCAAUUUACAAUUAAAGAUUGAAAAUUUGAACAAACAGAUGCAAUUAUCCCAAAAUAACGAGAAACGCCUUAUCGAUUCAAACAAAUCAACCUCACUCAAAAUCAUGGAUCUUACGUCUCAGCUGAGUAAAACUAAAAAGGCAGCCGAAUCUUCAUUACAGGAUAAAUCAAAAUUGGUGGGGGAAAACACUCGCUUAGAAUCUCAGGUUCAUACAUUAGAAACUGAAAACAACACCCUCAAACUGAAAUUAUCUCACGCCGAUAAUAAGGCAAAGAAACUACAUGAAUCACUAUUGUCCAACGGGGGUGACAAUGCAAUUAUAGCUGAGGAGCUAGAAAACUUUAGAACAGUAGUUUACUGUUCGCUGUGCUCUAAAAACUGGAAAGAUACCGCUAUAAAAACUUGUGGGCAUGUAUUUUGUGCGGAUUGUUGCAAAGAAAGGUUAGCCUCCAGAAUGAGAAAAUGCCCAACUUGCAACAAAGGAUUUAGCGGUAAUGAUCUUCUAGUGGUGCAUUUGUAA